UGAUUUGAAAAACCCAACUACUACUGAAAGCCACAACCAAUACAUCACAACAAUGCCACCAAAAGCUGAUUGGGACAAGUAUAUAGCCCCUACUGAAGACGAUGAAAAGAAUCAAGAGAAGAUUGUGCCAUUGUCAGAAGGAGAUAUCCAAGUCUUAAAAACUUAUGGUGCUGCACCAUACGCCACAUCCUUGAAGGAAAUUGAAAAAGAUUUAAAAGAUAUCGAAGAAAGGAUAAAGGAAAACAUAGGAGUUAAAGAAAGUGACACUGGAUUGGCUCCACCCCACCUAUGGGAUGUUGUUGGGGACAAACAAAGAAUGCAAGAAGAGCAAUCAUUGCAAGUGGCUAGAUGCACCAAGAUUAUUGAAGCUACCCAAACAAGUGCUUCUACCACUCCAGGGUUACAAAAUGCCGAUACUAAAUCUAAAUAUGUCAUCAAUAUAAAGCAAAUUGCUAAAUUUGUUGUUGGUUUAGGUGAACGUGUAUCUCCAACUGAUAUUGAAGAAGGUAUGAGAGUUGGUGUAGACCGACAAAAGUAUGAAAUUCAACUACCAUUACCACCAAGAAUUGAUCCUACAGUUACCAUGAUGACUGUUGAAGAAAAACCAGAUGUUACCUAUAGUGAUGUUGGUGGUUGUAAGGAUCAAAUUGAAAAAUUGAGAGAAGUUGUUGAAUUGCCAUUAUUGAGUCCAGAAAGAUUUGUCAAGUUAGGUAUUGAUCCACCAAAGGGUAUCUUAUUAUAUGGACCUCCAGGUACUGGUAAGACUUUAUGUGCCAGAGCUGUUGCCAAUAGAACCGAUGCUACUUUUAUUAGAGUUAUUGGUUCCGAAUUGGUGCAAAAGUAUGUUGGUGAAGGUGCUAGGAUGGUUCGUGAAUUAUUUGAAAUGGCAAGAACUAAGAAAGCUUGUAUUAUUUUCUUUGAUGAAAUUGAUGCCAUUGGUGGGGUCAGAUUUGAUGAUGGUGCUGGUGGUGACAAUGAAGUUCAAAGAACAAUGUUGGAAUUGAUUACCCAAUUGGAUGGUUUUGAUCCAAGAGGAAACAUUAAAGUCAUGUUUGCCACUAAUAGACCAAACACUUUGGAUCCUGCAUUAUUAAGACCAGGUAGAAUUGAUCGUAAAGUUGAAUUUUCCUUGCCUGAUUUAGAAGGUAGAGCCAAUAUUUUCAGAAUUCAUUCUAAAACCAUGAGUUGUGAAAAAGAUAUCAGAUGGGAAUUAAUUUCAAGAUUAUGUCCAAAUGCCACCGGUGCGGAAUUAAGAUCAGUGUGUACCGAAGCUGGUAUGUUUGCCAUUAGAGCAAGAAGAAAAGUUGCCAAUGAAAAGGAUUUCUUGAAGGCAGUUGAUAAAGUCAUUAAGGGUAAUUUGAAAUUCAGUUCUACAAGUGAAUAUAUGCAAUAUAAUUAGUUUGAUAGAAAUAAUAUAUACACAUUUUACACGUACACACAGAGUGAGAUUUCAUUUUAAUCCCACCAAGAGACACAUCCCAUACCUUCAGUUUGACAUGAUGCCAUUAUAGCAUAAGGUGGUGCUUUGUUUGUAGGUUCUUCUAAUCCAACUGCCUCGUUGGAAGAUUUUGGUUUGAUAUUUACAAAAAUCUCUUGUUCCACUCUGAAUCUAAUUUUUUCAUUUAUAUCAAUAAAUAAUUCAGUUUCUUCAUCAGGCUUCCAAACCCAUGCCUUUUCCACUGGUUUGAAUUCACAACCUUCGAAAAGGUAUGCUCGUGGUAUAAAUAUUUCAUCAAAGAAUUCCAAUCUAAUUUUAAUUCCCUGAGGAGUACAUUCACUAACCCAUCCAGUCAACACUUCCCCUACGAAUGGCUUCCAUACAACACAUCUGAAUUGAACUUCAACAUAUGAUCCACCAUCACCUGGCUUUAGUAAUCCAUCUUUGAUAUCAAGGAGAUCCCAUAUGGUUAUCACUAGACCCAAAUUGGCAAUGACUUUGUUGGCUAACUUUUUGUUUAACUCGUCAGUUAUCGAAUGCUGGAUCGGUAUAUUGAAUGUAUGUGGUGGAAUGCGAACCAAAUCUGUAAUUUCUGUAAGCACGAACAUUAUGAAUAAUUCUGGAUGGUAUGGAUGGGCUGUUUACGCCUAGUA